UCCGAGGCUGUUAGAAGAAUGAAGAGAGGACGUGGCGGUAUGGCAGGGCAGAAGGCCCGUAUUACUCGCGGUUUGAACGUGGGUGCGUUGAUAAAUUGUUGUGACAAUUCUGGUGCUAAGAACCUGUAUGUGAUUGCGGUCCAUGGCACUGGUGCUCGUCUGAAUCGUCUUCCUUCGGCUUCCAUCGGCGAUAUGGUGUUGGCUACCGUGAAGAAGGGCAAGCCCGAACUCCGCAAGAAGGUGCACCCCGCUGUGAUCUGCAGACAGCGCAGACCCUGGAGACGUCCCGACGGCAUGUUUAUUUACUUCGAGGACAACGCGGGUGUCAUCGUCAACAACAAGGGUGAGAUGAAGGGAUCCGCCAUCACUGGUCCCGUCGCUAAGGAAUGCGCCGAUAUCUACCCCAAAAUUUCUGCCGCUGCGCCUGCCAUUAUCUAA